AUGGAAUCCGUACGCUUCGAAGACGGCAGCGGCAAUGAUGAAGAGCCCCCGGAGGUCGAGCCGUUUGGUGUGGUCGACAGGGGGAUGACAUUGGAAGAUUUUGAAAGAGAGGAAGUCAAUGGAUUCGACGGACCGAACGUUUGGAAAGCUGUGGACAAUGUCGCUGAGACCAAAACAACAAUUGGCAUGGCUCAAGAUGCUGCAUGGGCCCAGGCAAGAGUCGAAAUGCAAUUCAUCCGCCAGAAAAUGGAGCAGUUUUGUGGAAGCCAGAAACCCAAAUUUGCUGCCAUCUUUAACCUCAUGUUUGGCCCCCAGAGCGAGAUUUACCGAGUGUUCAAAGGAGAAGAUCUUUGA